AUGAAGUUCCUCCCUCUCCUGUCCGCCGUUCUCCUUUCUCUCGCCAUCGUUCGAGCUGACUCUCCAGUCGCAGAGCAAGGCAAAGUCCCUCAACUCAUCGAACUCAUCAACAAGCUCGAAAACGCCAACCCUACCAGCUCUGCUUUCCUUGCGAACUACGGCUCUGAGAUCCCCGAACUCGCCAAGCUUCACCACGAAGUGGCUGCCCAGUCCAGCGAGCACUCUGUCAGAAAGCUUUACGGUGAUGACGCUGCUGCUCAGAAGCUUUUGGGGCUCGUAACUGCAAAGGCUGCCGAAAAGCGUGAGGUUAAGCCUAAAAAGGAGAAGAAGGCUAAGGAGAACAACGGGAAGAGUGCGGCUCACAAGAAGGGGACUAAGAAUAGUAAGCCUGUCCAUCCUGAGCACCCAGCUCACCCUGCUCACCCGAAGACGACCAAGGACUCCAAGAAGACGACAAAGGGUGAUGCUGUGAACAAGCACAAGCAGGGUCAGAAACAGUCUUCUGCUCACAAAUCUACCCAUGCUGCUAAGCCUGAACACCCCAAGACACACGGCGACGGCGUAAACAAGGGUAAACAGGGUCAGAAGCAGUCCACCGCACACAAGCCUGCUCACGCCGCCCACCCUGAGCACCUCAAGAAGGGCAGUGAGAAGACCAAGCGUGACGAGCAGGAAGAUGAGGUCAAGCCUAAGAAGGAGGGUACUAAGAAGAAAAAGGCGUUGGGCCACAACAAGCAGGGUAAGAAGGCUCCCCCUGCUCACCCAGAGCACCAUGCCCACCCUACCAAGCCGAAGACUCAUGGCGACGAGAUGAACAAGGGCAAACAAGGUGACAAGAAGAAGCAUACUCACACUGCCCGCCCCGUCAAGCCUACUAAGAAGGAACACAAGAAGCCCGCUCACAAGCACAAGAAGCCCGCUCACAAGCACAAGUCCAAGACUGCUAAGACUGUCGAAGGUACCACCACUGCUUGA